AUGCUUCUCCGACAACGAGUUUCCAGGCCUGCCACGCCGGGCCAGCUCACCAGGAGCGUGCAAAGAGCGUUUGCGGUGUCAUCUCCAGCACGACUCUCAAAUGCCUCAGGUCGAUUAGGCAGAAGGCCUGUACCAACGUCUCAGACCCCAAGGUCAGGCCCUCAUGCUGAGAUUCGAUCGACUUUCUCCACCGCUGCGAUACUCUCCGACAAGAAAGGACGAGGAUUCUUCGACAACGCGAUCGAGCCUCUAUCAGAAGAGGAGGCCAAGGCGAACUUGGAGAAGCAAAGAGCGGAGCUGGAAAAAGACAUUAGUGAAAGCAGAUCUUCGAGCGCAGAGGGCCCCGCCGGCGGUGAAGGCAAAUCAGACCCCGCAGAUGGCAAAGGCAGUGCUGCUGGUGGUGCGGCUGGUUCUGGAUCCGGCAGCGAUGGUUCGGGAGACGGCGGUCGCAAAGGACGCAAAUCAGAAAGAGCGUUGCAAAAGCCAACAGUGCCGGAUGUCUACCCUCAGGUUAUGGCGAUACCGAUCGCCAGAAGGCCACUCUUCCCCGGUUUUUACAAGGCGAUUACGAUUAAGGAUCCCAACGUGGCAGCGGCCGUCACUGACAUGAUCAAACGGGGACAACCCUACGUCGGAGCCUUCCUAUUCAAGGACGAGAACGCAGAUGACGACGUGAUACACAACGUGGAUGAUGUGUACGAUACGGGUGUCUUCGCACAGAUUACGAGUGCCUUCCCCGUCCAUGGCGAGCAGAACAGUCUGACCGCCAUCCUAUACCCACAUCGACGUAUCAAGCUGUCAACACUGAUCCCACCUGGACAGAACGAGGCUAAGAAGUCCGACCCGAGCGAUACUCCUGCUUCGACUGCAAACCCGACCCCCGAACCAGAACCAGAAGUCAUACCAACUCCAAAGUCUGCAGAGGAAGAUGCCCCAGUUGACAGGAAGGGCGAUGUUGUGGCCAGCUUCGAGGAAAGCGCUGUUUCCUCAAAGGCAGACGGCAACCCAGAAAAAUACGAGCCGACAACAUUCCUGCGAAAGUACCCGGUCAGUCUGGUCAAUGUCGAGAAUCUGACCGACGAGCCAUACGACCCCAAAAGCCCCGUAAUUCGUGCCGUCACCAACGAGAUCGUCAAUGUUUUCAAGGAGGUUGCCCAGAUGAAUAGUCUGUUCCGGGACCAGAUAUCGACCUUCUCCAUGAGUCAGUCGACCGGCAAUGUGACGGCCGAGCCAGCUAAGCUUGCUGAUUUCGCCGCUGCUGUCAGCGCUGGCGAUUCGGCUGAACUCCAGGAGGUGCUCUCAAGCUUGAAUGUCGAGGAGAGGAUGCAAAAGGCACUCGUCGUCCUGAAGAAAGAGCUUAUGAACGCACAAUUACAGUCUAAAAUUACCAAAGAUGUGGAAAGCAAGAUCACCAAGAGGCAAAGAGAGUACUGGCUCAUGGAGCAGAUGAAGGGCAUCCGUCGCGAACUAGGCAUCGAGUCUGACGGAAAGGACAAGCUGGUCGAGAGGUUCAAGGAAAAAGCCGAUAAAUUGGCGAUGCCGGAAGCUGUGCGCAAGGUAUUUGAUGACGAAAUCAACAAGCUUGCCCACCUUGAACCAGCGGCGUCUGAAUUCAACGUCACAAGAAAUUAUCUGGACUGGCUUACCCAAAUCCCAUGGGGCCAGAGGAGCGCUGAGAAUUUCGGAAUUCAGAACGCUAUGAAAGUCCUGGACGAGGACCACUACGGACUUAAAGAUGUCAAGGACCGUAUCCUCGAAUUCAUCGCUGUUGGUAAGCUGCGUGGCACGGUAGAAGGCAAGAUUCUGUGCUUCGUGGGUCCACCGGGUGUGGGCAAGACCAGUAUUGGUAAAUCGAUUGCUCGAGCAUUAAACCGCCAAUACUACAGAUUCAGCGUCGGUGGUCUCACAGACGUUGCCGAAAUCAAGGGCCAUCGGAGGACAUAUGUUGGGGCACUCCCUGGUCGAGUCAUCCAAGCUCUCAAGAAGUGUCAAACUGAGAACCCUCUCAUUUUGAUCGACGAGAUAGACAAGAUCGGUCGUGGAUACCAGGGCGACCCAUCGUCAGCACUACUUGAGCUCUUGGACCCAGAGCAAAACAGUUCAUUCCUGGAUCACUAUAUGGACGUGCCCGUUGAUCUAUCAAAGGUCCUGUUUGUAUGCACAGCAAACAUGACUGAUACCAUACCGAGGCCGCUGCUCGAUCGUAUGGAGGUCAUCAGGCUUUCUGGGUACGUCUCGGAUGAGAAGAUGGCCAUUGCAGAGAAAUACCUUUCACCGGCUGCCAAGGAGUUGGCAGGCCUCAAAGAGGCUAAUGUUAAAUUGUCCGAUGAGGCCAUUGAGGAACUGAUCAAAUCAUACUGCCGAGAGUCUGGUGUACGGAAUCUGAAGAAGCAAAUCGAGAAAGUAUACAGAAAGUCUGCUCUGAAAAUUGUUCAGGACCUCGGCGAAGACGUGCUACCAGAAGAGAAGGCUUUGACCGACGAGGGCAAAGCAGCCAUGGAAGAGUCAGAAAAAGAGAAAAAUACAGCAGAGACAGAUCCUGCGUCAGCUGCUACAGCUUCCGAGAAGGAGACGACAGAGCAACCCCGCGUGGCAUUGAAGGUACCGGACACUGUACAAGUUACGAUCGACAAAGAUAAUCUGAAGGACUAUGUUGGACCGCCGGUAUUCACCUCUGACCGGCUCUACGAUGUGACUCCUCCAGGUGUCACAAUGGGCCUGGCUUGGACACAGAUGGGAGGUGCUGCGAUGUACGUCGAGUCCAUCCUGCAGUCUUCCCUGAAGCCCAAAACCACUGGAAGCCUGCAAAUCACUGGAAACCUGAAGACCGUCAUGAAGGAGUCGUCAUCGAUUGCAUACUCCUUUGCGAAAUCGUUGGUAGCCAACAAAUUCCCUCAAAACCACUUCUUCGACCACGCCAAGGUACACGUGCACGUUCCGGAGGGCGCGGUACAAAAGGAUGGCCCAUCUGCUGGAGUAACAAUGGCGACGUCUUUGCUGUCACUGGCGUUUGAGACACCAGUAGAUCCGACAGUGGCCAUGACAGGCGAGCUGACGCUCACUGGCAAGGUCUUGAGGAUAGGCGGGCUGAGAGAGAAGACGGUGGCCGCACGGAGAGCUGGUUGCAAGAUGAUCAUCUUCCCAGACGACAACAUCUCAGAUUGGCUCGAGCUCCCCGAGAACAUUAAAGAGGGCAUCGAAGGACGGCCCGCGAGCUGGUACAAUGAGAUCUUCGAUCUCAUCUUCCCGAAUCUCGAUCACGAAAAGGCCAACACCGACAAGGCCUCCCAGUACAAGGGACCCGACUCCAACGACGGCAGCAGCGACAAGGAGGAGGGCCGCGAGAACGAGUAG